AUGACUUAUUACCAACUAAAUAAAUUUAUAGAGGACACACAAACCCUCAUGGGCCAACCAAUUGGCGCGACAAAUAAUAUGACCGAGAACGAACUAAUUCCGGGUCUCCCACAGGAUUUUACAUUGAAGCAUGGCUCAUCAUCCGUUGGUUCGCAGACUUUUCUAUAUGAAGAGCAAGCAUCAUCCAAAUUUGACACCCCAAACACGUCAAUAUCUGAAGUUGAUGAUAGUAUCACUGAAGAUCAAUCUGAUAAAACUGGCAAUCAGUCAGUCCUAACAAAAAUUACAUCUGCUUUCAAUGGAAUUGGAGGCGCAAUUACCAAUGGCACUAAAUCACUGUGUUGUUCAAGUAUAUGCAAGGAGAAGGAAUCUCCCGUAUAUGAUCUAGCCAAUCUACCAUCGGGCCUUGAUUCUUUCUUUGACGAAAAGGCUAUAGUUGAUAAUGUACAAUCAUCUGAAAGGGAAACAAGAACUGUUAUUUCUAAAAUGACAUCAGAUACCUUUACUGGUGUGCGUGAAAUGUUCCAGACUCCCAGAUUUAGCAACGAAAGCAGUUGUUUCAAUCCUUUUGCCAGUUGCAAACUAAACAUAACUAAACUUAUGCCCAAAAAUGAGGUUGAUUUGCCUAAAUCAGGACUUAAUAAUUCCAAUAAUGGAGCAAAAAUGCCGAGUGUCACCUACAAAUUGCAUGCUAUUGAAAUCCACCAGCCCAUAAAUAAUUGUGAGUCCAAGGGCGUUAAUAACCUUUCGGUUACAAUGGGAAAUUAUGGGACAAUUUUUCAAAAAGGAUUAGAAAAUUUUGAUCCAGAACGUACAGGAAUUCCAGCUUUAACCAUGGCUCAAAUCAUCCAACAGCACAAGACAUUCCUCAAGAAACGUUGA